GCGCGCCGUGGACCUCAGCGGCACGGCGGAGCCCAUGUUCGUGGGGCGGACGAGCGACCUCGCAGGCGGGGCGGGGGCCGUGCGGCCGCUGCCAGACGCCGGGGUCGUGGUGCCAGAGCGGGCGUGGUCCCCCAGAGGCGGCGUGCUGCCCCCCGUGAUGGAGUCCGAG